AUGUCUGCAAAUCUUCCCGAAGAGGACCUCUCCUGUCCCGUGUGCUGUGAGAUCUUCAAGGAUCCUGUCCUUCUGCCAUGCAGCCACAGUUUCUGCAGGAGGUGCUUGGAGAAGUUUUGGGAAAGCGCCGUUUCUUGCAGCUGCCCCGUCUGCAGGAGGAGAACUUCCAAAAAGAGCCCCCUCUCUAACCGGGCCCUUAAAAACCUGUGUGAAGCUUUUCAGCUGGGGAGAGGCCGGAGCUGUGCGUCCGGAUCCAACAGCCUGUGCUGGAGACAUGGUGAAAAGCUGAAGCUUUUCUGUUUGAUAGAUCGGGAGCCCAUCUGCGUGGUGUGCCAGACUUCAAGAAUGCACAAAGGUCACGACUGUUCUCCCACAGAAGAGGCGGCUCUGGAUUGCAAGGAUAAACUCUCCACAGCCAUUAAAGUCUUGGAAGAGAAGCUGGAGUUAUUCAAUAAAGCAAGACGCUGUUCAUCUGUUACUCUGGAGCACAUCAGGGAUCAAGCCCAGCGAGUUGAGAGACAAAUAAAGGCUGAGUUUGUCAAGCUUCAUCAGUGUCUUUAUGAUGAGGAAGAACACAGAUUAUCACAGCUGAAAGAAGAGGAAGAGCGAAAGAUCGAGGCCAUGAAGAACACAGACGAGGAUAUUGCGAAGAAGAUCUCAUCUCUUACAGACAUGAUCAGGAGCAUGGAAAAAAACAUACAUGCUGAAGAUUUGACAUUGUUACAGAAUUUCAAAGCUACCAUAGAGGGAACAUGGAGUACAUUACAGGAUCCAGAAGAUAUGUCUGGCUCUUUAUUAGAUGAGUCCAAGUAUCUUGGGAACCUCAAGUUCAAAGUUUGGGAGAAGAUGCUGGCAGCUGCACCUUACAGUCCUGUAAUACUGGACCCAAACACAGCUCACCCGUCUCUGACGCUGUCUGAUGAUCUCACCAGUCUCCACUACAGCACCCUGAACCAACAUCUCCCCAAUAACCCUGAACGUUUCCACAUCAGCGCCGAGGUGCUGGGAUCCACCUCAGAGAGUCACAGCUGGGAGAUUGAGAUCGGAGAAAACGAAGACUGGAUCGUGGGCCUGGCCAGCGAGCGUGUGAAGAGAGACAAGGAAGUACCUGCGAGGCCGGAGAACGGCUUCUGGACCAUCUGUCUACGUGACGGACAGUACAGGGCUAUGGCAUCGCCUCCAACAGCUUUAACGCCGGAGGGGAAACUGCAGAGGGUCCGAGUCCAGCUGAAGCGGGACAGAGGGGAGGUUGUUUUUUCGAACCCGGCGAGUGAAGAGAUUUUGCACACUUUCAAACACGCUUUCACAGAAAAGCUGCUACCUUACUUCUACACGCAGAGUAAACAUCCAUUGAGAGUCUUAUCCAGGCCUGUGUCAUUGUCCGUUAAUGAGGAAGGGUUACGUUUAUGAAUUUAUAAGGUUACUGUGAAAGGGUGCUGCUAAAUUUUAUCUACCUAAUAUAGCAAUCGUUUAAAACAGAUGAUCAGUGCAUCUAUUGUUUACAAUUUUAAUUGAUUUGCAUAAUUUGCAUGCUUUUAAUUUAUUAAAUAAAUUACAUAUCAAUAUUCGGUGAAAAAAAGGGUUUAAAUGUUUUUACUAUACCUACAGUAUUAUUGCACACAGUAGACUUACACAGUACUUGUUUUUAAGAAAGAAAGGAUCGUUUUCAAGAUCUUUUUGAACUUGAGCAUAACCUCGUCUUUCCUUGAUGAUUUCUGUAAUGCCUUAAUAUGCACAUUUAUUUACUAUUAAAAUAUUCAAACAAACAUAUAUGGUCCAGUUUGUUUGUAUGAGACAAU